AUGCUACGGGUCCUACUCCUCGGUGUGCUGGCUCCAGCCAGCUUGGGAUUUCCUGCGUCGCCUGGGCCACAACUCCUCGGCAGCCAGUGCGUUGAACACGACUGCUUCGCACUCUUUCGCGGCCCCGCGACAUUCUUCGCUGCCAGCCAGGCCUGUGAGCACCUGCAGGGCCACCUGAUGACCGUGCGUUCCUCGGUGGCGGCCGAUGUUAUCUCCCUGCUGCUGAGCAGCGACCAAGGAGUCGGCCCGCGCCUCUGGAUUGGCCUGAAGUUGCCGGUUGGCUGCCAUGACCCUCGGACCCUCGGGCCCUUGCGCGGCUUCCAGUGGGUUACUAGGGACAACCGUACCAGUUACAGCAGGUGGGCGCAGCCCGACAACGGGACAGCCCUAUGCGGUCCACUUUGCACCGCAGUCACAACAGCUGAGGCCUCUGCUCCGGGAGAGCCGACCUGGGUGGAGCAGCAGUGCAACGCGGAGGCCGAGGGCUUCCUUUGUGAGUUCCAUUUCGCAGCCUCUUGCAGGCCCCUGGUUUUGGAUCCCGUUGUCGCUGCGCUUACCAACGUCUCCGACACCUACAAUACCCCGUUCGGGGCGGGAGGAACGGACUUCCAGGCGCUGCCAGUGGGAAGCUCCGCCUCGGUGGCGGCCCUCGGCGUGGAGCUGGUGUGCGCUGCGCCUCCGCCAGGAACUGCUGAGGCGCGUUGGGGCCGGGAGGCGCCGGGCGCCUGGGACUGCCGCGUGGAAAACGGUGGUUGCGAGCACUUUUGCCAUGGGGGCUCUGGUCUGCCCCAGUGCCUCUGCCCCACCGACGCUGCCCUGCAAGCUGACGGACGCUCCUGUGCGGUCCAAGGGGCUAAUUCCUGCGAUGAUCUCUGUGAUCACUUCUGUGUACAAAAUUCCGAAGUGCCCGGCGCCUACACAUGCAUGUGCGAGACUGGGUACCAGCUGGCGGCCGACCAGCAUCGGUGUGAGGACGUGGACGACUGCCUGCUGGUGCCCAGCCCUUGCCCGCAGCUCUGUGUUAACACGAAGGGCGGUUUCGAAUGUCAAUGUUACUCCAACUACGAGCUGGUGGACGGCGAGUGCGUGGAGCUGCUGGAUCCGUGCGUUGGUGUGAAAUGCGAAUACCAGUGCCAGCCAGUAGGCGAUAAUGACUACCGCUGUAUCUGCGCCGAGGGCUUCGUGCAAAAUCCGCUGGACCCUAACAGGUGCCAGAUGUUCUGCAACCAGACCUCCUGUCCCGCUGACUGUGAUCCCAACGGCCUGGAGAGCUGUCAGUGCCCGGACGGCUACAUACUGGACGAGGGUUUCAUGUGCACAGACAUCGACGAGUGCAGUAAUGACGAAUGCGCCGGUGAGUGCCGCAACCUCCCAGGCAGCUUUGAGUGCAUCUGCGGGCCUGACUCGCCUCUAGCCGGUCAGGUUAGCACCGACUGUGACCCCAUCAAAGUGAACUACGAUGGUGACGGCGGCUCUGGGGAGGGUCCUACCAGCCCGACGCCCAGCACAACUUCAGGCCCCGCGUCCUCGGGUCCCAAGCAUUCAGGCGUUCUCAUUGGCAUCUCUAUUGCUAGCAUGUCCCUGGUAGUGGCACUUUUGGCGCUCCUCUGCCACCUGCGCAAAAAGCAGGGCUCCAUGCGGGCAGAACUUGAGUACAAGUGUGCGAACCCCAGCAAGGAGCUGGUGUUGCAGCGCGUGCGCACGGAACUGAUGCCUCAGAAACUCUGA